AUGGAAUCAUAUUGGGACAACCCAUCCGAGUUCCGGCCAGAAUGCUUUCUCACCCCCAAUGGCACUGUCAACAAGGCACUGAGUGAGCAGAAAAGUUUGAGUGUCAUAAUAAUAUUUUCAUUGAUUAAAAUCCAUCAAAUAUGUUUGAGUCCAUGGGUUCAUAAAGAUAUUAAAAAAUUAGAACAUGACUUGUUGCCCAGCCCUCUCCCACUCUCUCUUUUUGGUGGCGGAGUCUGGACCCAACAAGCAGAAAUAGCACCUCACAAGGGGAAGGAAAAGAAGGAAGAACAGGUCAUCAGCCUUGGACCUCAGGUGGCUGAAGGAGAAAAUGUAUUUGGUGUUUGUCACAUCUUUACAUCCUUCGAUGACACUUUUGUCCAUGUCACUGAUCUUCCUGGCAAGGAAACCAUCUGCCGUGUGGCUGGUGGGAUGAAGGCAAAGGCUGACAGAGAUGAGUCUUCUUCAUAUGCUGCCAUGUUGACUGCCCAGAAUGUGGCCCGGAGGUGCAAGGAGCCAGGUAUCACUCCUCUCCACAUCAAACUUCAGGCCACAGGAGGACAUAGGACCAUGCUGCCUGGACCAGGGGCCCAGUCAGCUCUCAGACCACUUGCCCACUCAGGAAUGAGGAUUGGACAGAUUGAGGAUGUCACCCCCAUCCCUUCCGACAGCAGCCGCAGGAAGGGAGGUCACCUUCUGUGAACAGGAGUCCU